UCAUUUAAGUCAAAACAGAACUAAGCGCCAAGUAGACGCGAGUUGUCAGCUGAAUUCGGACUGUUUUCAAAUGAUUUGAGCUGGAGCGAACUAUUUUCGCCUCAAGAGCAUUAUGUUUAUCAAACAGGUUAUUAUCCAGGGCUUUAAAAGCUACCGAGAACAGACCGUUGUCGAGCCUUUCGACCCCAUGCACAAUGUGGUUGUCGGGCGAAACGGGUCUGGCAAGUCCAACUUCUUCUCGGCCAUCCAGUUUGUGCUCAGCGAUGAGUACUGCCACCUGCGGACAGAGCAGCGGCAGGCGUUGCUGCACGAAGGAACAGGGCCCAGGGUCAUUUCGGCGUACGUUGAGAUCAUUUUCGACAACUCUGACGGCAGGCUUCCCAUUGACAAAGAUGAGGUUUGCGUGAGGAGAAUGAUCGGUGCCAAGAAGGACCAGUUCUUCUUGAACAAAAAGAUGGUCACCAGGGCGGACGUGAUGAAUCUGCUCGAGUCUGCAGGCUUCUCCAGAUCCAACCCCUACUACAUCGUCAAGCAGGGAAAGAUCAAUCAAAUGGCCACAGCACCUGAUUCACAGCGGCUGAAGCUCCUCAGGGAGGUCGCCGGCACCAGGGUUUACGACGAACGUCGUGAGGAAUCUCAGGGAAUUCUUAGAGAAACUACUGGGAAAGUGGAGAAAAUCAAGGAGUUUCUGAAGACGAUCGAGGAUCGGCUGAAGACCCUAGAGGACGAGAAGGAGGAAUUGAAAGAGUAUCAAAAGUGGGACAGGAUGAGGCGUGCUCUUGAAUACACAAUCCAUGACAGAGAACUCAAGGAGACAAGGAAGAAACUGCAUGAGAUGGAGCAGCAGAGGAAGAACUCCGGCGAGAGCCAGGAGAAGCUGCGGACAAAACUGCAGAAGGCGCAAGAAAACGCCAAGAUGGCGAUGAAAGAGCUGAAGGAGGUGAAGCAAAAGGUGAGUGCGUGCAAGGAAGAGAAGGAGACGUGCCAGGCAGAGACGCAGCAGCUGAUCAAGGAGCGCACCAAACUCGAGCUGACCAAGCAGGAUCUGACUGACGAGGUCACUGGAGAUAACAACUCCAAGGAGCGAGCCGAAAAGGAGCUUGAGAAGCUCAAAGACCAGAUUGCACAGAAGGAAAAGGAGCUUGAGCUGCUCAAGCCCAAGUAUGAGGAGAUGAAAAAGCGCGAGGAGGACUGCACCAGAGAGUUGGCGUUGAAAGAGCAGAAGAGGAAGGAGCUCUAUGCAAAGCAGGGUCGCGGCAGCCAGUUCACGUCUAAGGAGCAGCGUGACCAGUGGAUUCAGACUGAGUUGCGUUCGCUGAAGAAAGCCUUGUCAGACAAAAAGGAGCAGAUCGAACGGCUGACAGAGGAGCUGAAGAAGGAUGCUGAGAAGAAGGUGACGGCUGAGAAGCGGAUCGAGGAGCUGAACGUCGAGAUGGAAAAUCACAGACAAAACAUCGACUGCCACAACAAGGGAUUCUAUGAUGACAAGAAGCGCAAAGACUCACUCCAGGCACAGAGAAAUGAGCUGUGGCGUAAGGAGAGUUCCCUUCAGCAGCAAAUUGCAUCGUUGAGAGAAGACCUGGCCAAGGCCGACCAGUCCCUCCGCUCCAUGGCCGGAAAGCCGAUCCUGAACGGGCGUGACUCAGUGCGAAAGGUGCUAGACCACUUCAAAGAAAAAGGUGGGCACCUUGCUGAGGUUGCCGCCUCUUAUUACGGGCCGGUGAUUGAGAACUUUGACUGCGAGAAGCAGGUGUACACGGCCGUGGAGGUGACCGCCGGCAACCGUCUCUUCCACCACAUCGUCGACUCCGACAAGGUGGGCACGCAGAUCCUCAAGGAGAUGAACAAGCAGAAGCUGCCAGGCGAGGUCACCUUCAUGCCGCUCAACCGGCUCAACGUCAAGGACAUCGCCUAUCCCGAGAGCGCCGAUGCGUUGCCGAUGGUGAAGAAGCUGAACUACGAGGACAAGUACGACAAGGCGAUCCGCUACAUCUUCGGCAAGACCCUGAUCUGCCGCAACCUGGAGGUGGCGACCAAGCUGGCGCGUACCACGCAGCUGGACUGCGUCACUCUGGAGGGCGAUCAGGUGUCGUCCAAGGGCUCGUUGACCGGCGGCUACUUCAACACGAGCCGCUCGCGUCUUGAGAUCCAGAAGACGCGUUCUGAGUUGAUGGCGCAGAUCAAGGGGAGCGAGGAGGAGCUCAGCAAGCUGCGCGCCGAUCUCAUGAAUACCGAGGGCGAAAUCAACAAGAUUGUCUCAAAGAUGCAGCAGACUGAGACGAGGAACAGCAAGUCAAAGGACGUGUUUGACAAGGUGAAGGCGGACAUUCGUCUGGCAAAGGAGGAGUUGUCGGCGAUCGAGCGGUCUCGCGGCCCGAAGGAACGGUCACUGGCGCAGCUCAAGUCAAGCCUGGAGGGCAUGCAGACGACCAAGGAGGGCCUGGAGAAUGAGCUACACCAGGAACUGAUGACGACGCUGUCCUCGAGCGACCAGAACGUCGUGGACAACCUCAAUGACGACAUCAGGCGCUUGUCCAAGGAAAAUAAGGAGGCUUUCAGCACCCGUAUGCGUCUCGAAGCUGAGAAGAAUAAGCUUGAGAACUUGCUGACCAACAAUCUCAUCCGACGCAAGGACGAACUCGUUCAGGCGCUGCAAGAAAUUUCGGUUGAAGACCGGAAGCGGCAGUUGGAGAACUGCAAAGUUGAGUUGACAAACAUAGACUCGCGCAAGGACGUGGUUACGUCAAGCUUGAAGGACGCUGAGAAAAAACUGUCCGAGCUGAUGAAGAAGCAGCGCUCGGCCAACGGCGAGCUGGAAAAGUGGCGUGGGCAGGAGAAGGAGGCACAGGAAGCGCUCGAGGAGGACGCCAGGUCGCUCGACAAGAUGGCCACAAAGCAGAAUAUGUUGCAGAAGAAAAUUGAUGAAUGCACUGCUAAGAUCUGCGACCUCGGCUCCCUCCCCUCCGACUGUUUCGACAAGUAUCAGAACAUGAGCACCAAAAACCUGUUCAAGGAAAUGGAGAAGGCAAACCAGCAUCUGAAGAAAUACAGCCACGUGAACAAAAAGGCGCUGGACCAGUUCAUGAGCUUCUCUGAGCAGCGAGAAAAACUCAACAGCCGCAACGCUGAGUUGGAGAGAGGAGAUGAAAAGAUUCACAUGCUGAUGGACGUGCUGGAGCAGCGCAAGCAGGAGGCCAUCCAGCUGACGUUCAAGCAGGUGUCCAAGAACUUCAGCGAGGUGUUUAAGAAACUAGUGCCCGCUGGUACUGCCCAACUUGUCAUGCGAAAGAACAAUGAGGACAUUGAGCAAGAGGGUGGCGGUCAGAGUGGAGAAUACGAUUAUUCUGGAAUUGGCAUCCGUGUCUCGUUCACAAGCAACACUGCGGAAAUGCGUGAGAUGAACCAGCUGUCUGGUGGUCAGAAGUCGCUGGUGGCUCUAGCCCUCAUCUUCGCCAUCCAGAUGUGCGACCCAGCUCCCUUCUACCUAUUCGAUGAAAUCGAUCAGGCUCUAGAUGCACAACACAGAAAGGCAGUGGCGGACAUGAUUCACGAGCUGUCCAAGGAGGCGCAGUUCAUCACAACCACUUUCCGGCCAGAGCUGCUUGAGCACGCCAACAAGUUCUACGGUGUCAAAUUCCGCAACAAGGUGAGCCACGUCGAGUGUGUGACGCGCGAAGAGGCCAGAGACUUUGUGGAGGACGACACGGCGCAGGGCUGAACUCGAACCAAUCAUUGCAUUUCACUGGUGUUUUCUCUUCUCGUUCUGUGUCUGCGAAACCCAUAUUUACAUUUUAAUCUGUAAACAAUAUGGUAGACAUUGGUUCAUUAGCGUAAUAGUCAUAUUCACAAUGAUAAAUAUUUUGUUUUUCGGUUUUAACGAUUGACAUGACCGCUGUAAGUCGUUUUAGAUGGGAGUUGAUGGAAAAUAAAAGCUUUUUUAUAUAUGAAUAAUAA